GAGAGAUCACAGAAUAUACUAUAAUAUCAUCGUGAUUAACUACAAAAUUAAUUCUAUAGAUCUUUUUUUGAUAGUACCAAUCCUUGGCUGUCUCUCUGUUCCCAAGUUUUAAAAUCCCUCUGUUUACGGGCCUCUGCAUGUGCUCUCUUCUCUUCCACCAUCUCCAUCUCUCUCUCUAAUAAGACCUAGCUGUGAAGUGUGACUGUGUUAAGUACAAUUCUUUACUGUCUUCCUUAAUUGUCUCUUCUCUUGUGUAUUUAGUGUACAAUUAGCAUCAGACAUGGUAACCACUUCUUCUUCCACUUGGUUCUUCUCGUACACUACAAAACUUCGAUUCUUAACUCGAAUUCAAAAGUUCUUUCUUCGUAGUAGAACUACCAUUACGAAUAAGCAGCACUACUACUCCAAAUCUUCAGAACAUCAUUACGAGCAGCAACAAGUCGUUGUAACAACUGUCCGAGAAGGAAACCAGAAAGAAGAAGAAACCAUGAUGAUGAGCAUAGAAAAUCAUCAUCCACUAAGGGAUUUAAUUAAAAUUGACGAAGAGAUGUCUGCGCUGACAAAUAAUAUGGUGUUGUUGAAAAGAUCUGUUAAGCAGCUUCACUUUGGUAGUUGGGAAGAAAAAGAAAUAGCUGCUAAGCAAAUAAAGAGAUUAGCCAAGGAAAAUUUGAAGACGAGAAAAUCAUUAGUAGCUGAACUUGGUGUUAUUCCUCCUCUUCUAUCCAUGCUUGAUUCGGAUAUCACUGACCGUAAGAGAUUAGCUAUUCAAGCUCUAAUCGAACUCGCCAAUGGAACUUACACUAACAAAGCUGUCAUGGUGGACUCGGGAAUUCUUUGGAAGCUGCCACGAAACGUCGAUAAUGAAGAUGAACCGACAAGGCAUGAUUUUGCAUUACUAGUAUUAUCUCUGUCGUCCUUGGCCAAUACCCAGUUCCCAAUUUCCUCUAGUGAGAUUCUCCCAUUUCUUAUAUCAAUUCUUGAUUCAGAUUCCGCAAUGGAUUCCAAGAAAACCUGUUUAGGUUCUCUAUACAACUUGUCUUCUAUGUUAGAUAAUGUAGGCCCAUUGGUUUCAACUGGUCUGGUAAAUACCUUAAUGGGUUUCUCAUCCGAUAAAGAAGUUGCAGAUAAAGCAUUAGCGAUAUUGGGGAACUUAGUGGUUACUGUAAUGGGGAAAAAAGCUAUUGAAAAUGAUUCAAUGGUGCCAGAAUGCUUCAUUGAAAUUAUGACAUGGGAUGAUAAACCAAAGUGUCAAGAGUUAUCUGCUUACAUUUUGAUGAUCCUUGCUCAUCAAUGUUCGGAACAAAGAACAAAAAUGGCUCAACUAGGAAUUGUUCCGGUUCUUCUUGAAGUAGCCUUACUGGGAAGUCCUUUAGCUCAAAAAAGGUCACUGAAGAUAUUGCAAUGGUUCAAGGAUGAAAGGCAAACAAGAAUAGGAGCUCAUUCUGGUCCUCAAUCAGGAAUCGACGUUGUGAUAGGCUCGCCUAUAAACCAACAAGAUAUGAAUGAAGGAAAGAAAAUUAUAAAGAAAAUGGUUAAACAAAGUUUAGAUAAGAACAUGGAAUCAAUUACAAGAAGAGCCAACGGUGGUGCUGAUUCUCUUAAGAUUAAAGCUUACGUUAUUAGCUCAAGUUCUAAAAGCUUGCCUUAUUGAGGGCUUUGUGUUGUGAUAGACAAACUCGACUUUCAAAAGUUCUUUGAAAUUUUGGUACCCGCUCCGGGCUGUGGUAUUUGUUGCUUGUAAAUUAUUCGGAAAAAUUCCCUGUUUUUGUGUUAACAAUAAGAUGCAUUAUCUUUUUUUU